CGCGCAUUGUUAUUUAUCAAUACAAACGCCCAAGCAUUCUUUCACCUAUCAGCAGCACACUCAAUACCCAACGUUCCAAAACAAAUCAUACACGAGGUCUCGCCCACUACUCGCUCUGCCUUUUGGAAUUGCUAUUUUUAUCGGUCUGUAUCAACUCGCUUAGUCUGGCCCGCCGAAGUCUGACUACGCACACGCAGCCUCGUCUACAACUGUCGCCAUGUAUGGGAAUGUGUGGGAACGUAGUAUCGAUCCUGACACACCGACUACGCCACUGAGCUCGUCUGAGCACUACACAUCGACGCCUGCUUCAGAACUAUCGCUGAGUCGAAGGCGCUCAGAAUCUUUGUCCAGCGCUACAGGAAGGCGAAGAGGCUCUUUUGGUACCGAGUUUGUCUCUAGGCGCCAUGGUACGAUCGAUAUCCUGGGAGUCGGCAGCACUCGGGGCAGUCGUCGAUCGAGCUACUCGUCAGUCGCUGCCACAUAUCAAUCCACACCGCCAACAACCAAUGAACGCGACCCAAGUCCUCCCCACAGUCCUGUGGUUCACGUCACAAACAGCACAGUCCGUGACGACUCCAGGCUUCUGGGGAGAUGGCAAUGCUGUGAAUGCCGUCGAGGUCAUGGUGUCCAUCGAUUCGAACAAGGACAACAACUGAUCAACGCUUUGAAUUGCUUGUGCCCGCAUCGCUCCUGCAGUAAUUGUACUUUCCAAGGCAGGAUCAAGCGUUUCGCGCCGAUUUAUGAUGUCGGAGGUUCGGCGUUGAUGCCGAUCGCUGGGGACGGUGAUCAAAUCCUACACAUGGGUAUCGUGUGUCGGUAUUGUGGUUUGUCCUGGCAAGCACAGAAGAGCGAGGCACCAAGACGACGCAAGUCUUUUAGGCAAAGACUCUCGAUGCUGCCAAAAAAAAUCAAUCCCAUGCCGACCCUACGUCACGCGCGGUCUAUGAUUCACCUGGGCCUGCCUCGCGAUCCACACUCAGACGACGCUCGCCCUGGUACCUCGCUGUCCACGUCUCGAUCGUUCCUAAAUCUCAGGUCCGCCUCUGAUGCGCAGCGAAGGGAGUCGAAGCCUGAGCGGCAAACUCAAGCUAUCCAGGUACGAUUUUACGGGAUCGAAUGCACGUGUGGGAGCGUCACAGACGAGCGUGACAUUUGCUUUGUGUUCCUCGCACUGCCUAAGGCCAGAAGUAAUACUGGGAAGAGGGAAGAUACUGGCUGUAAGGUAAUACACGCGACAGAGCCACCGUACCUGCUUGAGCUGCGGGUCAAGGGGUACGGGACGCCGACUUUGCAUCUUAAGGGUGGAUCUCAUCCGAAUCCUCUCAUGAGUAAUCUGGGGGCAACGCACCCUGGCUAUGAAGGGGACACGGAUCGAACGUUUGCCUCUUGGUUUUGAUGAGUAGAGUCUGGCUAAUUGGAUACGUUGUGAGAAUACUUGUACUACAAUAAUGGGAAUCACCUUGAUAAGAAGCAUUUCAAGAAGCAUCGUCUUGAUCUUUUCAGAGCAUUUGAAAACCCGGAGGCUUCUUCAGCUUUUGUGUCACAGGAAAAUCUGGCUACGACCGAUAGCCCGUGCUCGUACUUGAUGUCCUUUAAGGCUGACCGCAUUCUAAAUCAUUUGCUUCUUUUAGG